AUGACUGAGAAUGCGCUUGCAUCGCUCAAGACGAAUGCGCAGAGGCUCGGAGCACGACUCGGGGAGAACUUGGCCGGUCAGUCGAAGCUUACCUUUGUCUCCGUACGGGAAUCAUGGGACUGACAAGGAGGUCCGAUAACACUACGCAGAGCACUCGCGUGACCUGGGCCUGAUUGCAAGUACCCCAUCUCUGCCCGCCGGCUGCCAGCCUCCGUAAUGACGUCGCGCAUCUGUCAGCUGACCCUUCGCUGCGACCUCUCUGCAUUAUACAGGAUGGCUUCGCAAGUGGCAGUGGGGGAGGCUCAGGACGAUAUCUAGAGAAUGGAGCCGUUAUCACCUCUGCGGGGAUCGAGGAGACGAAGAAGAUGCUGGCGUCGAAACGGGAGAGCGAUCGGGUUGACGGACUCAAAAGGGUCAUCGCGGUAAGUUCCGUAUCGUUCGUGGCUUUCAACAUGCUGAGAACUGGUAGCUGAACAUGUUGUCCGAUGUACUUGCAGAUGAUGACUAAAAAACUGCCCGUCUUGGGCUUCUUCCCGCUCGUCACCUCCCUGCUGUCCCCAUCGACACCGCUGCAGGCUCGCACGCUCAUCUCGCUCUACAUCAUCCACUGCGCCAACUCUGCGCCCGAGCUCGCCCUCUUGUCCAUUAACGCCUACCAGAAGGAUCUGUCGGACCCGAAUCCGAUUGUACGCGCCGGCGCCAUCAAAACGCUCUCGUCCAUGAACCUGCCCGACAUUCGUUCGCUCGUCGGCGUUGCUGUUUCCAAAGGGGCACGCGACGGCGCGUGGUACGUCCGCCGAGCCACGGCCGAUGCGGUCGCGACCUUGUGGAGAGCGGACCCGACGACCGAGAACCGCAACCAAUUGCUGCCGACUUUGAUCGUGCUGCUCAACUCGGCGAGCCCGCUGACGAUUGGAUCGGUGUUGUCGGCGUGGGAAGAAAUGUGCCCAACGCGAUGGGAUCUGGUCCACCCGUGUUACCGCAAAUGGUGUCGCAUGCUCGUCGACGUCGAGGAGUGGGGCCAGACCGUUGUCCUACGCGUUCUCUUGCAGUAUGGCCGAUCAUUCUUCCUCGAUCCGGCUCGGAUAGGCAAACUCGACCCGGAUGCCGAACUCUUGCUUAAGGCCUCGGAUGCGCUGUUGCAGCACAUCAACCCUUCGGUCGUGUCGGCGACGAUCAAGGUUCACUACUACCUUGCACCUUCCGAUCGUUUGCCCAAGAUUGUACGACCGCUGCUCCGACUGCUGAGAUCCUCGCCCGAGGUCAAAGCGAUUGUGCUCGAAGAUUGCGCCGUCGUAGCCUCGACGAGACCGGAGCUCCUCGCCGAGCACGUGUCCGAGUUUUACGUGCGUUCCUCUGAGGUGUUGUCGUUGAAGCAGGCUCGUUUGAGAAUCCUCGUGGCCUUGACGAAUCAAACGAACGUGCGCGAGAUCAUGAAGGAACUAUCGGUAAGCGAAAUGAGUGCCACUGUCUGCACUACGCUGUUAACGCUCGGACCCCAUCAAAUUGCCAGAUCUACGUCAAAGAUGGUGACGAGAUGUUUUCCGCGGAUGCUAUCAAGGCCAUAGGCUCGUGCGCUCAGCAGGUACCGGCGGUUUCCGAAGAGUGCCUCCAAACGUUGAUCGAGCUCACCCAGAGCAAACACGGUAAGCUGUCGAGACUCUCCGUUCAGCCGGGUGAAGUCUUCUGACUCUGUUUGAUACCCAACGUACAACAGAAGUCAUCAUCGCGCAGUCGGUCCUCGUCUUGCGAUCACUGUUGAGGUCACCCCAUCUUCCGAGCUCGACUUCUCGUCCAGCCGUCAUCACGCGUCUCGUUGAUUUGCUCGAAGCCGAUCGAAUCAAGACCCCGACAGCUCGCGCGACGAUAUAUUGGCUGGUCGGACAAUUUGUAUCCGACGGCCUCGUGUCGACCGUCGCACCCGAUGUCAUCCGCUUGGGCGCGAUCGGCUUCGCUGAGGAAUCCGAGAUCGCGAAACUGCAAUUGCUCACGCUUUCGGCCAAAUGCGUCGUCGCGUCAACUAUGACGAGCUCGACCCCCUAUUUGCGCGAGUACUCGCUCUUGUUCGAAUACCUGGCGACUUUGGCACGGUAUGAUCUUACCUACGAGGUGCGGGAUCGAGCAAGGUUCUUAAAAGGGGUUCUGGGAGCGGCGGGGCUCGAACGAGCAGAUGCGGGUAAGGCCAGGGUCGGUCUUGGGGAAGAGGACUUUAACAAGGGCGUGAUGGUGGAGGACUUUACGGGGACGAGUGGCGACGCGAAUACCGAGUCGGAGUCGGACAAGGCGAGGACGAUGUCGAAUGAGCAAGCGCGCAAGAUCCUCUUCGAAGGCAAGACGUUCGACGUGGAGCGAGGUGGGUCCUUAGUCCUGACGUGGUUGAGCACGCGUAGCUUGCUGAGUCGACGUUUCCUUUCUACGCGAAUAGACGCGAACGCAGGAGACGGUCCCUUCGACCUAGGAAGCUUCUCUCUAGCCCUACCGACCAAACGUCUGGGCUUCGGGUCGUCAUCGCCGUCUGGCGUCCCUUCGUACCCGACCAAAGUCCCCCCUUCGUCGAUCCGUGAUCCUCCCCCAUCGCUCGACCCCACCCCACCAGGCUCAAGAGGUCAAAGUCGAUCACCAACCCCCCUACGCGGCUUCGGUUCCGACUCCUUGAAGAACUCCGCUCACGAAGGAGCUGCGGUUGUUUUGACCCCGACAAAUUUCGCGAGGUCGGCGAAUGGGGUGGAGGGGGCCACGAGGUCGGGGUCGGUGAGUGGGAUGUUGGGUGGAGCGGGGAUGCAGGCGAGACGGAAGGGUUUUGCGGUUUUGGAGGAUUUCUAUAAGGAUGAGAGUGGGAGUGAGGAGGAGAGUGACGUGGAUGAUGAUGACGACGCCGAGGAGGAUACGGAGGAUGACGAUGAGGAAGAUGAGAAAGGAGACGAGGACGAUGAAGAUGAUGGAGAAGACGUAGAGGGGAGCGAUGAGGAAGAGGUAGCGAUAAGUGACGAGAAAGGUGAAUCGAUAGGGUCCACAGAGAGAGAAGUAAUACCGUGA